CUCAGGGCCUACAUUGGUCCAAGCAUGACAAUGGAGUAUGAAGAUCUCCAGCACUUGGGGAGUGAGGAGAAAACCCAGGAGAUUAGAAAAGCACCUCCACCCCAGGAUGGCCUCUGGCAUAUCUGCUCUGAGCCUCGCCUCAUCCUGUUCUCCCUGGGCCAUAGUCUCCUGCUGUUGGUGGUUGUCUGUGUCAUCAGAUCCCAAAAUUCCAAAUUACACAGGGACCUGGGCACCCUGAGGACAACUUUCAGCAAUUUCAGUGUAGACACAGGGGCCAAUGUCCAGGCACUGACCUCCCAUGGUCAGAGCUUGCAAGAAAYCAUAACCUCUCUGAGAGCUGAGGUGGAGGAUCACAGGCAGGAACUGCUGGCAGAUCAAUCUGAGAUGUUUCUGUGAGUCCAGCAACUCCCAAAGUAACCAAAAUUCUUAACUUCCCAACUGACCAAUCUCAAGUGCAAAGCCUUUGAAAAGUCCUGCUGCCCCCUUAACUGGCUGGAGCAUGAGGGCAGCUGCUAGUGGAUCUCUCAAUUUGGGAUGUCCUGGAGGGAGGCUGACAAGUACUUCCAGCUGGAGAAUGCCCACCUGGUGGUUAUCAAUUCUCGGGAGGAUCAGGUAGAAGCCUCUUGUCUUUAGUUCCCAAGAUAUGUCUCAUUUAGGGAAAUGGUUAACAACCUUGACUAUACAUUGGAACCACCCCUGAGCCUUAGUAACUAUUUCCAUCUGAACCAUGCCCUCAGAAAUUUAA